CCGCCUCCCCUCGGCCGGCCGGGCCCCCUUCGGCCGCCCGCCGCCAUCUUGUGAGGACCCCCGGGCUUCCUGGGCGCGGCGGGGCCGGCGGCGCUCGGGGCUGCCGUGAGGCGCUGAGGGGGCCGGCUGCGGGCCUGAAGAGCCGGGGCUGGCCGGCGGAGGAGGAGGAGGAGCCGGCAUGGAGGAUGAAAUGCCCAAAACCCUAUAUGUGGGGAACCUGUCAAGAGAUGUGACCGAAGCUCUCAUCCUCCAGCUGUUCAGCCAGAUUGGACCAUGCAAAAACUGCAAAAUGAUCAUGGAUACAGCUGGAAACGAUCCCUAUUGUUUUGUGGAGUUCUACGAGCAUCGCCACGCGGCUGCAGCGCUCGCUGCUAUGAAUGGCCGGAAGAUAAUGGGUAAGGAGGUGAAAGUGAACUGGGCAACAACCCCCAGCAGCCAGAAGAAAGAUACGAGCAGUAGUACCGUUGUCAACACACUGCGUUCACAAGACCAUUUCCAUGUCUUUGUUGGAGACCUCAGUCCAGAAAUCACAACUGAAGAUAUUAAAGCAGCUUUUGCGCCAUUUGGAAGAAUAUCGGAUGCGCGUGUGGUUAAGGACAUGGCAACGGGAAAAUCCAAAGGCUAUGGCUUCGUUUCCUUCUUCAAUAAAUGGGAUGCAGAGAAUGCUAUUCAGCAGAUGGGUGGCCAGUGGCUUGGUGGAAGGCAAAUCAGAACAAACUGGGCAACAAGGAAACCUCCGGCUCCAAAGAGUACCUACGAAUCAAACACCAAACAGCUGUCUUACGACGACGUGGUCAAUCAGUCCAGCCCGAGCAAUUGCACUGUGUACUGCGGGGGUGUGACUUCGGGACUGACAGAACAGCUAAUGCGCCAGACCUUCUCUCCGUUCGGGCAGAUAAUGGAAAUCCGAGUCUUCCCCGAUAAAGGAUACUCCUUCGUGCGGUUUAAUUCUCACGAGAGCGCUGCACACGCCAUCGUUUCUGUCAACGGAACAACUAUAGAAGGGCACGUGGUGAAGUGCUACUGGGGCAAGGAAACACCAGACAUGAUCAGUCCGGUCCAGCAGAAUCAAAUCGGCUACCCGCAGGCGUACGGGCAGUGGGGCCAGUGGUACGGCAACGCGCAGAUCGGUCAGUACAUGCCCAACGGCUGGCAGGUCCCGGCGUACGGGAUGUACGGGCAGGCGUGGAACCAGCAGGGCUUCAACCAGACGCAGUCUUCAGCAGCGUGGAUGGGGGCGAACUACGGAGUUCAGCCACCACAGGGGCAGAACGGGAGCGUGAUCACCAACCAAACUGGAUACCGCAUGGCAGGCUUCGAAACGCAGUGAGAAAAGGACUCUGAAGCCGAAGGCUGCUGGGCUCGAGGCUGCGAGGAGUGCUGCAAAGCCUUUUGUUUACCGCAAAGAAUUACCAGAUCAAGUCAGUGCAAGUGUCAGAUACAGUGUAUUUAUUUAAGAGAGAGAGAGAGAGAAAAAAAAAAGCGUUUUUAAUCAUGAAAUUGUCAUCCACAUUGUUUAAAAAAAAAAAAAAAAAGAGAAAAAAAUCACAAAAAACGAGAUGCUGGAUGUCUGCCAACUUUUGCCUUCUUUUCCUCCUUUCUAUAUGUGUUUCUUAAGAUCCACGUUUGAAACACAGCAAAUGCAGGGACUACUGCCACUUAAAAUUGGGGCAGGAAAUUGCACAAUUGUCAAACUUUUUUUCCUUGGAAGUAGCGUGCAGUUUUAGUUUGCAUUCCGAAUGGUUUAAAAGUGUAUUAUAAAAGCCGUUGUACAAAAAGAAAAGCCAAAAGCGUGUGAAUUCUGGGGACGGCUCCGUCUCCAGCCUUUGCACAAGUCUGUUUUAAAAGAGCCUCUUGUAUAAAGCGUCCAUCUCUCCGCUUUUGUUACACCGGGUUUUCCACUCUAAGUUAUUCGUUUACAUCGUUUUGUACCGAAGCGUUUUCUCAGAGUUGUCUUUUUGCCUUACGACCGUGACCGAAGCUCUCACCCCACGGGGGGACGCGCGACGCUCGCUGCUGAAUCGGCUCCCGACCCCUCCGAGGGACCGAACGUCGUGUGCGUUGUGUUCCCCGCGAGCAGGUGCCUACAGCAACCCCCGCCGGGCUCGCGCGAGAGGAUUUUUAAUCUUCUGGUGGAAAAAUCCCUUUUGCGAUGUGUACCGGGACACCGAAAACCCUGUUCCAACUCUUACUAAAAUGUGAUGAAUACCUACGAACCAGCUUGUUUUUUUUUUUUUUUUUUAUCUUAUCGAUUUCUACAUUUACAUGUACUGAUUAUGUAAAAUAUUUUAGCAAAUUAAUAUUUUGCACAAACGUUA